AUUUGAUUGGUGUUCGGCUAAGGAGGCCUGUGAAGAACUGUUGAAUUGACUUAGCCAGUGAGUGGGUACAAUGAUGAUGGAUGUUACUCUUGAAUUAAAACCUAUCAAGCCAUUAACAUUCAGUUACAAAAGUUUUGCUCGUUCAUCUCAAUUGGAUGAUGGCUCAUCCCCAAGGGACUUUACCUGUGACUGGAAUAAAAACUGUGACCUUAGCCAUCUCCCAAAGGACGUGCCUCUGAAACUGGCCUCUGGUAGCUCAAAUUUGUUUGACCGGAGCCUUUCCAACCUCAAAGAGAAAUACAAGGACUGCUGCAGUCAGGACAUACCUCUGUAUCUCUAUGCUGUUCCCAUCGCCUUUGCCAUUGGUGUGACCAUUGUUUUGAUCCUGAAUAUUUACCUAGGGGGAAGUUUGAUGUUUGUAAAAGGUAAGGUAGUGUCGGAUCAUGAGCUUUGCACUGCACUUGGCCAGAGAGUCCUUCAUGAUCGUGGAUCCAGUGUGGAUGCAGCCAUCUCUGCCACCCUGUGUUUGGGUGUUGUGCAUCCACAUGUGUCAGGUGUUGGUGGAGGUGGGGUGAUGCUGGUUCAUGACAUCCAUAAGAAUGAAACCAGGGUGAUUAAUUUUCAGGGAACUGCACCUAAAACACUUAAAGAGGAGAUGCCGUGGAAUGUGUCAGAACAAAAGGCAGGUCUGCAAGUGGGUGUGCCAGGUCUGCUCCGAGGGUUACACUGUGCUCAUACCUUGUAUGGGAGUCUAUCAUGGGAGGAUGUGGUCAACAGAGCCACUGCUGUUGCCAAAGAAGGUUUCAAUGUUUCUUUCAAUCUUGCUGACGCUAUAUUAAAGGUAAAAGGUGAGCAGUUGUCCCAACGUUUCAGGAACAUAUUCCUCCCUAAUGGCCAAGCUUUGCUUCCUGGUUCAUUUCUGAGGAUGUCCAGUCUUGCUGGAGUCAUCGAGGCUGGUCUGGAAAACUUCUAUAAUGGAAACCUCUCCCAAGAGAUGGAGGAUGAGGUGCAAACUAACGGAGGGGUCCUGAGCAGAGACGACAUCAGUAACUACAGUGUUCAAGUGGAGCAGCCAGUGGAAGGCAUGUACAAUGACUUUAUUAUUCAAGUUCCUCCUCCCCCAUCUGCUGGUGCAGUGUUGAUAUUGGCGCUAAAUGUUUUGGAGGGCCUCCAUCUCAAUGGGAACAACAACACAGAAAAUCAAACACAUCACUUUGUUGCUGAGGCUCUAAAAGGAGCUUUAGCUUUGGCGAGUAGUUUGGAUGACCCUAAAUAUAACUCUUCAGUGACUGAGCUGCUCUCUGACAUGCUAAGUAAGAGGCAUGCUGAAGUGCUUCACCAGAGGAUCAAUUCCUCUGAUACCUCGCCACCCAAGUACAACGCCAUUGUCCACUCCCUACAGACAGAGCUGAUGUCUGGACAAGUAGUAGUCAUGGGACCAGAUGACCUCAUUGUGUCAGUUGCAAGUUCCCUGAGCAUGCCAUUCGGGAGUAGAAUCAUAACACGGUCAGGUGUUAUUCUCAACAGCCUCAUGCUUGACUUCUCCUGGUCAAACAAAAGCCCAGGGCAAAUCUUAAAUAACCAGAAAAACAGAGUCCAGCCAGGAAAGAGGCCCCUGUCAUCUCUCAUGCCCACAAUAGUGGUGCCAUCGUGGCAUAAAUGUGGAAUCUACAUGGCACUAAGCAGUUCAGCUGGACAAGAGAGUUUAGGUGUGAUCACCCAGGUGUUGAUCAGUGCUCUGUCCUUCCAUAAAGAGAAAAAGGACAGCCUCUCCCUACAUCAGCCAAACAGACUUCUUGUUGACUUGUGA